GCUCUUGAGGUCGCCUCUCGCGUGUCGGCCUCAUCGUCGGAACGGCGCUUCCUGAAGCUUUAUAUAAGCACGGCUCUGAAUCCGCUCGUCGGGAUUAAAUCCUGCGCUGGCGCGCUCCUGCCAGUCUCUGGCCUCCAUUUGCUCUUCCUGAGGCUCCCUCCAGAGACCUUUCCCUUAGCCUCAGUGCAAUGCCUUCCGGGCGUCCUCAGACCAGACACAGGCCAAAGCCGCUACAGAAUCCGGAAGCCCCGGUUGGGAUCUGAAUUCUCCCGGGGACUGUGGCGUAGCGGUUAAAAAAAAAAAAAAAAAAAAGAGUGAGAGGGACCUGAGCAGAGUGGAGGAGGAGGGAGAGGAAAACAGAAAAGAAAUGACGAAAUGUCGAGAGGGCGGGGACAAUUGAGAACGCUUCCCGCCGGCGCGCUUUGGGUUUUCAAUCUGGUCCGAUACUCUUGUAUAUCAGGGGAAGACGGUGCUCGCCUUGACAGAAGCUGUCUAUCGGGCUCCAGCGGUCAUGUCCGGCAGAGGAAAGGGCGGAAAAGGCUUAGGCAAAGGGGGCGCUAAGCGCCACCGCAAGGUCUUGAGAGACAACAUUCAGGGCAUCACCAAGCCUGCCAUUCGGCGUCUAGCUCGGCGUGGCGGCGUUAAGCGGAUCUCUGGCCUCAUUUACGAGGAGACCCGCGGUGUGCUGAAGGUGUUCCUGGAGAAUGUGAUUCGGGACGCAGUCACCUACACCGAGCACGCCAAGCGCAAGACCGUCACAGCCAUGGAUGUGGUGUACGCGCUCAAGCGCCAGGGGCGCACCCUGUACGGCUUCGGAGGCUAGGCCGCCGCUCCAGCUUUGCACGUUUCGAUCCCAAAGGCCCUUUUUAGGGCCGACCACUUACUCAUCUGAGGAGUUGGACACUUGACUGCGUAAAGUGCAACAGUAACGAUGUUGGAAGGUAACUUUGGCAGUGGGGCGACAAUCGGAUCUGAAGUUAACGGAAAGCUACCGUGGCCCAUAGCGCUCACAGCCGUAAAGACUUAAGUCGUUGACCGAAAGCGGCUUUUUCACUUACCUGGGCUUUUUUUUUUUUUUUUAAGCCUUUAUCGAUAUGAAAGGUUGAAUGCUCUAGGUUUGAGCACUGCUUUCUCGGCUUGCUCUUCUGGUGCAGUAUAGGCACACCUAGAGGGCCACGUCAGUCUUUGCGAUCACCAAAUCUGGUUCUGAGAAAUAGGCACUGGCAAUUUACACAUGCCUUGCUAUGUAAUCUCACUAUAUUUGCUCAGGCAAAGUGGGAGAAGCAGCCUUAGGUUUUCAUUCUAGAGAUGCCGGCUUUCCCACCUGAUCGGCUUAGAGUUCACGAUUGACUGUUUUGGGCUUCAUUUCACCCUCUACAUAACAAGCGGGUGGACUAGAUGCCUUAGCAAGGGUCCGUGUUGUGUGGUGUCUCCAGCCACGCACUCAGCUCAAUCUUAGUACAGUUAAAAAAUGCCUUUCUAGCAAGUUAUCUGCCCAGUGCCUGAAAAGUAUCAUCUCUUGUGUUCAAUAAAAAGCCUCCUAAUUUAAUCAAGGACCUAUGAGAUAACUGUCUUUUAGUUGUGGCAUUGCAAGGAUACAAAUGCAGAGAUAUUUUAAAGUGAUCCUUCUGUAAGAGUGAACCAACGAUAUGAUCUGAAAGCAACUUCACAGGUAAUUCAGGCUUAUGCUUUUACUGUGUAUGUAUUUGGGAGAAGAAAUUCUGUCAGCUCCCAAAGGAUAAACCAGCAGUUGCUUUAUUGGUCUUCAGAUGUGGCUGCAAACACUUGAGACUGAACUAAGCUUAAAACACGGUACUUAGCAAUCGGGUUGCCAGCAAAGCACUGGAUGCAAGCCUUGCCUUCCAGAAGCUUACCAAUCGGGUUGCCAGCAAAGCAGUGGAUGCAAGACUUGCCCUCCAGGAGCUUACCAUCACAACGAAGAAGACAAAUAAAUGCAUAAUAUAUAGACGACAUAAAUCCAUACCUGUACACAUUUAAGAAUAAACAGUCCAGUAGUAAGAGGCAGUACAUAUUCAAUCUGCUGAGAAAUGUAGACAAUAACUACCAUAAGAAUCCUAAUGCUACAGAAGUCACUGGCUGCUGGGAAACCGGGGAAAACUUGGCUAUGGACGUGGGGGCUUGUGUCGGACUCUGAAUAAAGAGCAGAAUGAUUGGCA